CCAGGAGUCCAGGACUGGUUCCACGGAGCCUCAGGACCCUCCAGAACCCUCCAGAACCCUCCAGAACCCCCGAGUCUGGCUGCUCCUGACUGCUCCUGACCGCUCCGGCUCCUCACGCCUGAGGCUCUGGCUACUGACCUCUCCGCUCGUGUCCCCAGAGGACUCUCCUCCUCCUACCAGCCGUGACCCACGGGCUCCUUGCUGCCCCUUGCUGCCCCUGCUGCUGCUUCACCUCCUCCUGCCUCCAGCCAAGGAGCCUCCGUAGCCUUGAAGCCGUCCCAGCCUGACUGCUCAGGGCCUCUGCUGCUGCUGCUGUUGCUGGAAUAGUUCUGCCUGGAAGCCUUUGCACCCUGACCACCAGACUACACACUGCCUGCCCGCGGCGGCCUCUUCUGCCCGUGGCCUCUGCCUCCGCCACCUCUCGUCCGUCCGAGUGGCCCGGCUGACCCCUGACCCCCGGAGCCAUGCGCCUGGCGGAGCUGAACACGGAGUGCCUGCUGCACGUCUUCUCCUUCCUGGACAAGGAGAGCCGGCGGCGUCUGUCCCUGAGCUGCCGGCGUCUGCGCGCGGUCUUCCUGACGCCGGGCCUCUGGACGCUGCUGCGCUUCGGCUCGCCGGCCGAGCUGCGGCGCGACGACUUUGUGCUGGGCGCGGCGCUGCGCCACCUGGCCGUGUGCUGGCACUCCAGCCGCGUCAAGGUGUGCAACGUGGAGGCCUGGAUGAAGAGCAGCUUCCAGAAGGAUCUGUGCAGGGAGCACGAGGGACUGGUCAGCGGCUUCCUGGAGCGGGUCUGCCACAUUUGUCCAAACCUCCUGUCCUUGACCCUGUCUGGCUGUGGCCACAUCACAGACGCGGACAUCACGGCGGUGCUGCGUACCUGCGGGCGCCUGCGCCGGCUGCGCCUGGAGAACUGCUCGCGGGUAACGGACGCCACGCUGCGGGCGGCGGCGCUCCACGGGGCGAGCCUGGAGGAGGUGCGCGUGGACUUCUGCCGCAACGUGAGCCGCGCCGGGCUGCAGGCGCUGCGGGAGAGCCGGCCGGAGCUGGUCCUGGGCGCCGAGCGGAGCGCCGGGAUGAUCCCCGACACCAGGCCCGACGAGCGGCCGCACGUCCGCAAGGCGCUGCAGAAGGUCUUGCUGUUCGCCUGAGACCCUGACGCAGGAGCGCCACACCACCGAGGCCAGGAACCAGGCUGGGACCAGAGGAGAGAGAGAGAGGAGGCUGCUGCACCAAGGACUGUUUUGAGAACAAACUAUUUGUUCUAUCAAUAGAGACCAGAUAACUGAUUUUUUUUUAACUAUUUUCUGUGGGACGCCAUGGGAGACAAGUUGUACUUGCAGCCUAGAUGUGUUUUUGUUUGAUUGAGUGAGUGUGUUUUUUUGCUACAGACAACUUUUGUAUCAUGUUUAUACUUUUGCAUUGCAUUAUUUUGAUUUUGUAUUGUUUUAUGUAUCAUUGUUUGUUUGACAAAGUGCUGAAUUUGAGAGUUUAUUCA